CAAAGCGUCUAAUUCAAUGAAAGGCUAAAAAAAACUCAGGGUUUUCCACACUCGUUUCCAUUACACUGGUCAAAACUGAGAGUGUUUUCUUCACCCAGAAGUACACGAGUCUCUCCGUCCUCUCGUCCGCGCACGACCCGGAAGUGCUCGCCGUCUGUCUUUGUGUUGUUGUUUAGCUCUGCUGCUCACUGUCAAACAUCAGCGGCUUCAGAACAGCGCGAUGAAGGCCUCAUUUGUGUCCGUGAGUGAGGUGUGAUGAUGUGCAGAUGAUGGACGAGAGCUGCUCUCUCUGACCCAGAGCCACAUGAACCGCUUGAACCUGGUUACAUUAGGCUGAAUCCAUGCUUUCUGAUGAACUUGACUCCAAACCUGAGCUGUUGGUUGAGUUUGUUCAGAACGCAUCCAUCCCGCUGGGCCAGAGUCUGGAGGAGUCGGACACCAAAGCGUCCUGCGUCCCUCUGCUGUCGUCCUCACAGAACGCCCUCUGCGGCCCGCUAGAACUGCCAGAGAGCGCUCUGAGUCAUGCCGCCUCCCCGUCGCUGUCAGAGUUCGGCCCAGAGCGAAGCCCAUUGGUGGUUCAGCUCCAGUCUCCUCCCCCUCCAGCACAAACUCCGCCCACCAUCCUGCAGGACCUCCAGAACCACGACAGCACAUCUUAUGUUCUGCUGAACUUGGCCAAAGGGUUGGCGGCGUCUGCCGAGCCGCUGGUGUUCGUUCAGGACGAUGUGGACGAGGCGCAGGAGGAGAUUUCGGCCGGGGACUGCGGCGACGGCAGCGCCCCGUGGUACCUGCGGGUCCAGGAACUGGCUCACGACAGCCUGAUCGCCGCCACACGCGCGCAGCUGGCCAAAGACGCGCGGGCCAGCAGCAACAGUGACCACAUCCACAGCUGUCAAUCAGAGGGGCCGAAGAAGGAGCCGCUGCCUCGGGUCGGUCGCUCCGCGUCAGAGAAGAUCCACCGAUGCCCGUAUGAGAACUGCCACCGCACCUUCACCUAUCCAGCGCACCUGAAAUACCACCUGAAGACACACAGGAACGACCGUACGUUCCGCUGUGGAGCCGAGGGUUGUGGGAAGAGUUUCUAUGUGCUGCAGCGGCUGCAGGUUCACAUGAGGAUCCACAACGGAGAGAAACCCUUCAUCUGCAACGAGAAGAACUGCGGCAAGAAAUUCACCACCGCUGGCAACCUGAAGAACCACAAACGCACACACACCGGUGAAAAGCCCUUCCUGUGUGAUGUUGAUAGUUGCGGCCGAUCUUUCGCAGAAUAUUCCAGUCUGCGCAAACACAUGCUCGUACACUCUGGUGAGAAGCCGCACGUGUGCUCGAUCUGCGGGAAGACGUUCUCUCAGAGCGGCAGCAGAAACGUCCACAUGAAGAAGAGGCACAGCGACGAGGCGCUGGCGUCCGACAGCAGAGACACGGGUGAGGCGCUCACUCAGAGCAGUCUGUUGGAGGCGGACGGCGGCAGCAGUGAUUCCAUGGUCAACAUGAAUCUGCAUCACGCCAUCUUACCCAAUCAAGGUGCGGCGGAUGCGGUCGUGGUUCUGACUCCGCCCCAUGACCUGGUCACCAUGACGACGGCCCACUCAUACAGCGACGACGUGGUGGCUCUGCUCUAGCGCUCUGCUGCUUUUGUAAAUAAACUCUUUUAAGAAACA